GGUGUGAAACAAGUGAUUUUAGUAUUGAGAAUCGCAAAGAUGACAUAACACAGCUGUUAAUCGAUUCUCCACAUGUUCGUUCAGUCUAUACGCGCCUUGUACCUACAUGUACAACACAUCAGGAUUUCUGGUCUCGAUACUAUUUUCGUCUACAUCGAAUUGAAGAAGAUGAAGCUAGACGAUUAAAUUUAUUGAAACGCGCACAAGAAAUUUGUGAUGCAAAUCAAGCAGACGAUUGGGAUGAACCUGAUAACGAAUGGACAGAAGAAACGACAGCAACUUCCGACGAUCAACGAGCUAUUCCAAAUACAAGAAUGAAACUGGAAAACACUAUAACGGAACUAAAAGAAAAUCGAUUAGUUUCAGGCGGCAGUUGGAAAGGAGAAUUUGACGAAACAGAUCUCGAGGCAACUCUUACAUCGAAUACUGAACUUCCAGAGAGAAAUCCGUCCGAAAUUUCACGAUCAAACGAAGAAUCUAA